AUGAAAGUCUCUUACCAGGGACACAUUACUCCUCAAUCUCCUCCAUCUAGUCAUCAUCCUCCAGGUAAACAACCCGGACAUCCACCUGGUCCUCCAAUACCCGAUGGUGAUAACCACUGGUCUCCUGGCCAUGCCCAAGACCUGGAUAAUGAAUGGUCACGUCCAAAAAUCUCCCUGUUGAAUAAAGAGAAGGUUGUUUUGUUUCCAAAAAGUUUCCCUGUUCAAGAUCCCGAAUUACUGGACUUUUAUUUCAAUAACUUCAAUACUGAUUCCAAGGCGUCCACUGAUAACAUCAAGGUCAUAAAAUAUGAUAACCCUAGGAAAUAUAGUGAUGCCUUAGAUUUCACAGACAUCGACGAUGAUACUUUCCAUGGGCAUAGUAUGAAGACUUUCAAUAGUUAUAAAGAUAUUGAUGACGGGAAGUGUAACGAACUUGAAAAGGACAUUGACAUCGAAGUUCAGGAUAUGAGACCCAUGGAUGAUGAUUUGGAUUAUAUUUUGAAGAAGUUCAUGGAAUCAGAAUCAGACUACUACAAGGAAAUAGAGCCUUAUUUCGGGAAUAACUUACACCAGCAGUUGAUAGAAGGCACUAUCGAUCAACAUUGGUAUAAAUUGGCAGGAACUUCAGUAUGGUUAGAACAAUACGGAGUUCAUUAUAUGAUUUCUCGAAUUAUUUACAGUCCUAGGGGUGUUAGGAAUCAACCAAGCUUCUCUUUGACAUAUGUCCAAAUUUACGACCAAGACUGGAAUGAAAUGAAAGACAUCCAAAUGGUCAUACCUACCAAUGACCCUGAGUCCAUUCACGAUCAGAUUGACAUCAAUGGAGUCUUCUUUAAGAAGGUUUCAUAUCCAUCGUUCUUGCCUAUCCCAGCGUUACAUGAUGCUUCGAAGACUAAAGGUAAGUUUUAUGGAGCUGAGGAUCCUAGAAUUUUAUUGAUAAAGGAUGAAUAUGGUUUUGAAGAACCCUUGAUAGUGUUCAACUCCUUCCAUAGAAAAAUAAUUGAAAAUAAUGAAGUUAAUGAAAACGAAAUGAGUUUGAAAUUCGGCUUUUAUAGAUCAAUGUUCAUGUGUUGGCCAUGGAAGUUUCAAAGAGGAAAAAGAAUCAUCGACGAAUUACCAAAUGAACAAAAUGAUAAAAAUAUUUACAACAAGGUCAUUGAAUUAAGGAGAGAAGGAACGGAAAGGGAGAAAGUACAGAAAAAUUGGACUCCUUUCAUUGAUUUCGAAGAACGUCAAACUUCCCAACAUGAUAAAUACAUCUAUUUCGUUUAUAGAUGGUCAAACUUGGAAGUAUUGAAAUGUCAAUUGACUGAUACCAUUGGAGGUGCAUCUAAAUGUAACUUUGUUUAUAAAAUGAUAGAAGACUUACCAGGAAGUGAAUCUGUGGGACCUUUAAGAGGGGGCACUGAGUUAAUCAGUAUCAAUUCUUUACUAAAAGAUUCGGAGUUGGAUUCCAAAAUAACAUUACCUCGUAAUACUCAGAUAUGGAUUGGUUUUGCUAGAGCACAUCUUAAGAAUUGUGGAUGUGGAAAGGAUAUUUAUAGACCCAACUUAGUAGUAAUCUCCAAAGACAUGAUUACAGGAAGGUAUAAGGUUGAUAUAGUUUCAUCAUUUGCAUCAUUGGAUGUACCUGUUAUAGGAUGGGAUUUGAAUAAACCCAAAGAAACUUGUGUUGAAGGACAACCGUCAGUCUUUAUUCCAAAUGGAAUCAGUUCAUGGUCAUUGAAACCACAAGAUAGUGGGUUCUUUGAUUAUCUCACAUUAUCAUUCUCCUUAUCAGAUGCAACCAAUGAUUUGAUUCAAUUAAAAAAUGUUUUAUCCUCAGUAUUGAAAAUCUUCAAAGCUUCAAAAACAGGUUAUGACAAUAGAAACGUUGAUUGUGCAUUACAAGCUUCCCAAGACUUCUGUAAGAAGGUUGGUGAUGAUUUCAGAAAUCAAGUACAUAGUUAA